AUGAGAGCACUUCGGCAUAGGACUGGCCAAUGUGGGGAACAGAUAUUCAUAUCAAUUCACCAGCGAGUUGGAUGGCUGCGAGCCAGGGGAGCACACAAAACUGCCCAGGCAGCCCGGCUUGUGUUCAGCAAGACUCGUAUUGUUUUGGCCCCGGGAAAUACACAAGCCGCCUGUCGAGCUCGUCGCGCAAAAUGGGCCGGCAUCUGUCCCUCCGACGCAUCCUAUAAAGUGAGAUUCCACGAGGAAGCUGAGAUGAGAAUCCAAGCUUUCCAAUAUUGCUGGUAUUGCUUGGAUCUCUUCUGCUUCUUGCCGAUACGUGCCGCAAACAAGGAAGACGUCACAGUGGAAAGAUCGAAUUGCAAAACCAAUCAACCUUGCCCGUGGGACCAGUGGGAAAAGCUGGAAUGA